AUGGCAUGCCGUCGUGGUGCUUGUUGGGAGCGGUCCCUUAGUCUUUUGGAAGAGGCUGAAAGGCAAGAGGUUUCUUUGGACGAUGUCAGCCGCAAUGGAAUAGUAUCAGCUUUAGUCAGUGGAGGACAUGUACAAAUGGCCUUGAAACAAGCAGAGAGCGCUUCCAACUUUAACUCCAUCCUGAUGGCUCUUUGUCGGAACGAGAUGGACUUACCUGCAUGGACCUGGACUUUGCAAGUCCUGGAGAAGAUGCGGGCCAGUAACAUGACUCCCAACCUCGGCACGUUCAAAGCUGCUGCCAGUGCUUCCAAAAGUCGGCCUGAUAUGGUGCUUCCAAUUUUCAGGAACUUGAAGAAACACUUUGCACUCGAAAUCUUGGAUGGAACUGCCCUGAAUAUGCUUCUCAGCUCUUUGGAGAAGUGUCAUCGCUGGCAAGAUGCCCUGUUUCACCUGAGGACAUUUUCUUGCACUUCACUCAAGAGACUCCCUGACUUGGCAGCUUACAACAGCGCAAUAAGCGCCUGUGCCAAAGUAGCACGCUGGACUUUGGCACUGAGCAUCGCAGCGGAGAUUGGCUCCAAUGAAUGGGACAAAAUCACACUCGGUAGCCUUGUGUUAGCUUGUCAAACGGGCCGCUGGACCUUGGCUUUGUGGCUGCUGGAGCAGGGACGGCUCCAACAUAUUCAGCCCAAUCAAAUUGCAAUUCAUUCAGCCAUUGUUGCAUGUGGUGGACGACAUUGGCCAUGGGCAAUACAUUUGCUCGAGGAGUCCACGGCUCAGCGGGUAGUUCCUGAUGCAAGCAUGUUGGGUGCUGUGAUAUCAAGCUGUGAAAAGGGUCAUCAAUGGAGUCGUUGCUUGCAUCUUCUAAGCACGGCCUUUGGCAUGCAAUGUCCCCCGGAUAUCGCUGCUUUGACGAGCAGUAUCAGUGCCUGUGCCAAAGCACAUCGCUGGGAAGCCACCUUGCAAUUGGUCCGCGAGGUGAUUGCUUUUUGGAACGUGCUUCCGGACUCAGCAAUGACUGGUGCCGCAUUGACUGCCUUCUUUGGUCGACCAAGUGGCCAACAUGGGCAACUCACAGAGGCUUUGCUCGUCCAGCAAAGAGAGAGUGAGUUGGAGCUGACAGGGUACCUUAGAGGCUUCGUUCGACCAAGAGGAGGAUUUGUGGCAGAGGAUUCUGUAGAUCUUCGAGACCUGCCAAUUGAACUCGCACGGGCCACUGUGAGUUGCAUAUUGAAGGAUGCCUUUAUCGGCAAUGUGAACCUGAAGAGCUGCAGCAAAUUCACUGGAAGGUCAUUUCACGGUGCUGUGGAGCAUGAAGUGCACAGUAACGUGCAGGGCCUGGUGGAGGAGCUACGUCUUGUAAGGCCCCCUACACGGUGA